AUGGAAAGAAGAAUUCCAAAUAAUUCAAUUGUAAAUAUUGAUGGAGGUGGUUCAGGUUUGGUGAAAUCUUCUAAAUUUGAAAAUGAUGAAAUUAUUUAUGAAGUCGAAAUUGAGGGUACAGGUCUGACAUUGCCAUUUCCAAGUUAUCGUCUCAAAACAGUGAAUCCUGUCUUGCAGCAGACGACGUCUGGAUCGCGAUUUGAAUUAAUAGACGAAAAUGAUAUUGAUAAAUAUAUCAAUGAUCAAGAAAACAAAAACACAUGGAAAAAAACUUCUGCUGACAUGAAUUUGCUAAAAUCGUUUCUUGAAACUCAAAAUGAAAACAGACCCAUAGAAACAAUCCCUCCCUCUGAAUUGAAUAACAUUUUGUGUAAAUUUAUUUUGAGUGUCCGGAAGCCUGAUGGCUCAAAUUAUGAACCAAACACAUUGCGAUCUUUUAUGAGCAGCUUUGAUAGAUAUUUACGUAAAAUGAAGUAUGAAUGUCAGAUUGUUUCAAGCAUAGAAUUUGUUAAAGCGCGCGAAGUUCUCAAGGCAAAACAGCGAAGUCUUAAAGGCGAGGGUAAAGGAAAUCUAUCUAAAAAAGCAGACCCAUUAACUGACAUCGAAAUAAAUAAACUGUGGGAAUGUGGUCUGUUAGGGGCACAAACUCCUGAGAGUAUAUUAAACUCACUUUGGCUAUUCAACACGAUUUAUUUUGGACUGAGGGGUUCAGAUGAACACAGAUCCAUGUCGUGGGGUGACAUUUGUUUGCAAACUGAUAUUACUGGCGUAGAAUACUUAACAUUUAAUGAACGCCAAUCAAAAACCAGACAAGGAGUAAACCCAAGGGAUGUUCGAGUAGUCAAACCCAAAAUGUGGGCAAAUACUGACGCGCCGGAUCGAUGUCCUGUUGCUAUAUACAAAAAAUAUUCAGAAAAAAGACCCGAUGAUUUUUCAAAACCCGAUAAUCCAUUUUAUUUAGCUACACAUACCCAGCAACACGCAAUGUCCAUAAAAGAACAAUGGUUUAAAAGACAGCCAGUCGGCGUCAAUAAAUUGUCAUCUUUAAUGAAAGGAAUGGCCAAUGCAGCAGGUAUUGGUGGAGACAAAAAACUCACCAACCACAGCGCUAGAAAACAUUUAGUGCAAAAAUUAAGCGAAAACAACAUACCUCCAAAUCAAAUCAUGCAGAUAACUGGCCAUAAAAACAUCCAAUCCAUAAACAAUUACAGCAGCAUCAAUGAAAAUCAACACAAAAGUAUUUCUGGCAUCCUUUCGAACUCAGCACCUCCUGUAAACAACCCUGGAUCCGCCACAUUCAAUUGGACACAAAACAAUUCUAUCACAAAUACAGCUGUACGGAAUACAACUACAUCAAACACUGGCACUUCCAUGAUUGUUAAUGUCUCAGGGGGCAUUCAAAACUUCUUGAAUGGAGAUGUUCACGGCGGAAAAAUUAUUGUAAACAUCCAUGAAUGUUCAAACAAAACACCACGGAAAAGGCCGCGUGUCAUCUAUGACACGGACUCGGAUGACUAAAGUCAAUAAUAAUUGUAAAUGACUUGAU